UUUCAAGAACGUGACAGUGGGUGGGCGUUGUCGCGAAUCAUGAAUCUUACAGUAAACAUCAAUAAGUGUAAUCCAUUGCGCGCAGGAUGUCGCUUCGAAGUGCCGCGAGAGAUAAUGACAAAGAGAGCGGUGAUUAACGUACGCUCGAUGGACAAUGCAUGCUUCGCAUGGUCGGUGGUCGCCGCUCUGUACCCAGCCGAAAGAAACGCGGAUCGCGAAUCUUCCUACCCACACUAUACGACGGUGCUGAAUUUCCAAAAUAUAGAAUUUCCUAUAACGUUAAAAGACAUAACAAAAUUUGAACGUCUCAACGACGUGUCCAUUAACGUAUACAUUAUCGAGAGACAAAAAACGCUAAACGUUCUCCCGAUACGACUCGCUGACGACAAAAAGGAGAAACAUGUUAAUUUACUAUAUUUGCGAGAUCCGCGAGACGACAAUGUGGGCCACUUCGCAUGGAUCAAGAAUAUUUCUCGGCUCAUGAGCUCGCAAUUGAAUAAACAUAACGGCCAAAAGUACAUUUGCGAUCGCUGUUUACAUUAUUUUCAUUCCAACGAGAGAUUGCAGUUACACAUGGUAGAUUGCGUACGUAUAAACGACUGCGCUAUUCGACUACCGAGCGACGACGACAAGUGGCUGAGCUUUAACAACUAUAAUAGGAAGGAACGAGUUCCAUUUGUCGUUUACGCUGAUCUGGAAUGCAUCCUCGAGAAAACUGACAGCGAUCAGGAAGCAUCUACGCUCAUGUAUCAACAUCAUCUUCAA